CUUAUCCAUAAUGCAAAUGGAAGUGGAAAGCUUUAUAAAUACCCUACAUGGUUUCCCAAUAGCCCAACCUUUACUAAGAACACAUAAAGAAUCUCAAAUACACCCUUAAAAUGGUGAAGCUUUCUACCUUCUGUUUUCUGCUUCUCCUCCUCAUCUUUGCUCCUGAUGAAAAGUUGGUGCUCAAGGCAGAAGGAAAAGAUUGCCACAAAGUUUGGAACUGCAAAGGAGGCAACCGUUGCUGGGAGGACUGCAGAAACAAAUAUAAUGGAAUGGGACAAUGUGAUUUAUACACUGCACCCCCUGUUCCUAAGCAGUGCUUUUGUGCAUACAAGUGCUGAUCAAUCAUCUUUACCUUAAAUAAGAUCUUUCCAAGGCUUCAGAUUUCGGAAAAAAAAAAAGAAGUCUUAGAUUGAAGCUAAGAUGUCAUUAUAUAUAUGAUGUUAUUAUGUAAUCAAAUUAUCGUUUAUCCCAGUUUUCUUUCUUUC